UGGAAUGUCACUCAUUUUUGCCUUGCCGCUCUUAAAACUAAGCGUUCACAAAAUGUAUAUCAAACAGUGGUAAUGAAAACAUGCCCACAUUCAGCCACUAAUAAAGCGAAAUGUCUCAAGAUGUACGAGCAUUUUGUAAUCAAACAUAUAGAUGAGGAAUCAUGAGAAUGGAAAGAGAGGAACAAAAACACCUGCAUAUGGAUUUCGUGUUGGUGUAAACAAACAGCGAUAAAACAGAUGACGAAAUCACCAGUGACGGACAACUCAACAACAUGUGACAGUUGCAAUGUUGAAAUGACAGCACAACCAAAAUCGAUAAUGAAAAGGACUUGCGCAAUAGACGCUGAAAGAAUGCAAAGGCCAGCCAAGUUUUAGUACUACACGGCAUAGGCAGCACAUACAAAAUUUUUGCAUUAGAAAAAUUACUAAAAUUAACCCUGUUCAUAAAUAUAAAUUACUUCAAUUAAAAUAAAAAGUUAAAGCCAUAUUAUAAGAAAUUAUUUUCGAUUAGUUCAAGCAAGCAGGUAGCGGGAAAAGUAGAGGUGCAGUGGAAAAUGUGAAGAGCAGCCAGACACACAAGUGCAAUGAAAAAAUUGCUAAGAGAAAAACAUUGUAAUUCUUGCAAGUAACGAGUUGAAAGUUAAAAAGAUAGUGGUUAAGUGACUUGCUGUUGGAAAAAAAAAUAAAAAAAUUAUGCAAUCUAGACAAAUUUGAACGGUUUAAAAGCUCUUAAAUUCAAGCAGUUUUAGUAUGAGCAACGGUUGAGUGUCAAAAGUGUUGCCAAAACUGUUUCUCAUUUAUCGAUUAAAAACACUACAACUCUUGAUGACAUUGAGAGUUUUCCAUUUUCUGGGGUGUCAAUAACUACGUGGAAAUUAACGGUGCCUAGCAUAGUAAUUAAUACUUUGCAAUAGAAAAAGUUAACUAAGUGAGUGAGAGAAAAUAUAGAUCCACAGCUGCCCAAUUGAAACAUAGAAAGUGUCAAGUUGAAGGUUAAACGUAAUGCGGUAAAUCACUUAAAAUCCAUUUUUGUGCGCCGCAAAGUAGACUACAUUAUUCGUGUUUGUGCUUAGUGCCAGAAUACGACGACAAUUACGGAAACUUGCUACCCAUUAUCAAGAACAUUUGUACACCUUGAAAGUGCAAAUAUUUGUUAAAUAACGGAAAUGGAAUCCGCUCAGGCCACAACUUAUGAACCGCUUGAAGGGCGGGGCGCCGGCAUUCGCCAUGAGCCCAUGGACAGUCCGGAGGCGGACGUACGCAUGCCCAAAGAUCAUAAUCAUGCUGUUUAUUUAGCGUUACUAGCUGCUGGUAUUGGCUUUGUGUUGCCUUACAAUAGUUUCAUCAUCGCUGCCGACUACUGGCAGGCUCGCUUUCCCGGACGCUCAGUGGCACUGGACAUGUCCAUGACGUAUAUAAUUGUCGCUUUUGCUACCGUUUUGCUGAAUAAUGUUUUUCUAUCGCUGGCACCGUUUCGUGUGCGUGUCCUUUUCGGUUAUGUGGUGUCAUUUACUACGCUCAUCUUUGUGGCUGUGUGCGAGGUGGCGUUUCAUAUGUUUGCUGCCAAUACGGCGUACUCAGUGAAUUUGGCUGCUGUAUCAUUGGUGGCCAUCGGUUGUACAGUUCAACAAUCCAGUUUCUAUGGUUUUGCCAGUAUGUUACCCAAAGAGUACACCCAAGCAGUCAUGGCUGGCGAGAGCAUUGCUGGCUUUUUGGUAUCUUCCAAUCGAGUGGCUACUAAGAUGCUAAUCCAAAAUGAUCGCGUGUCGACGGUCAUCUUCUUUCUCACUUCAACUUUGUACAUUCUUUUCAGCUAUGUGCUGCAUCUGGCGACCAUACAUUUGCCAUUUGUGCGAUACCAUAUGAAGGCGUGCGCUAAAAUUGUGCUUAGACCCGACGAGGAUCGAUUGCAGAAUGACCUCGACGGUGGAACACCCAUCGCCAAGUAUGGGGUUCUGACGCUUGAACCCACUUCACCGCCAGCAAAUGCAUCGAACAACACCACAGGCGCGUUAAGUUUCAGUAAUCCCGUUUACGAGCUUUCUAAUCCGACGGCAGGUGAAAGUGUAAUCGAAGGCCUGAAUAGUUUACCCGAUAUGCCGAGCACACCACAGGAGCCCACCACACCGACUACGGUUGCUUUCAAAGUGGAGCAUGUGCUCACUCCCGGCACUUGUACCCCCGGAAAGCUAAGUGAUUUGAAGAAUGGCUUCGUUUCGCGUUGGACCGUCGCACAAGCGAUCUAUCCAUAUAUGGUCUGCAUUGCGUUGGCCUAUUGCGUCACGCUCUCCCUGUAUCCCGGCAUCGAAUCGGAAAUAAUUUCAUGUAGCCUUGGCACUUGGUUGCCGGUGCUGCUGAUGUUUACAUUCAACACCGCUGACGUAAUAGGCAAAAUACUAGCUGCAGUGCCAUAUCCAUGGUCACGUCGUCAACUGAUCUUAAUGUCUGGCCUGCGUAUAGUAUUGGUACCGCUCUUGUUGCUUUGUUGUGCGCCGCGACAUCAGCCUGUCAUUUCGGGCGAGACAGCGGCUUUUGUCUUCACAAUUGGUUUAGGCGUCAGCAAUGGUCUUGCUGGUAGUCUUCCAAUGAUGCUAGCACCGGCCAAGGUACCUGGUACCCUCAAAGAGGUCACCGGCAACAUGAUGACGCUAUCGUACAAUGUAGGCCUUACGACUGGCUCAUUAAUUGGUUACGUUUUUGAAUCCAUGCUUGGCGCGCAGCUCACCAAUCCCUGUCCCACUUACCCUUAUGCACCGGCUUCAAUGUUAGAUCCAACAGGCGCACAUGCACAGCUUAUCAGCACCACUAGCACGACUAGCACCACAUCGCCAAUGUUGAAUACGACAGCCGUUGCCGCGGCGCUGUUCACCACAACAGUUUCGACGCUAUUGCCCACCACCGAGGCGAGCACAACUGCUCUGGCGGCAACAGCAGCAGCUGCAACAACUGCGGCAGCAGUGACCACAACCAGUACAACCGUGGGGCCAAUACUACCCACAUUGAUCGCGCCGACUACUGCGUUAGUCACCUCCACAGCGGCGGCGAUUUUGAGUUCGGUAGCGGGCACGAUCGAUAAUGUGGUCUCGGCUGUUGUAAGCACCGUCUCCUCGGCGGGCCUCGAUUUAAGUGCGGAAACGAGUAUAAGCACCACAGAUCCACAAACGCCAAAUGAGUUGAUGCAAAGGAUUUAAGCGCAAAAAUGACAUUUGGAAAGGUUGGAAAUGAUUUCGAAAAGGGUUUAACUAAAUUACAUAGCGAGGAGAGAGUUUAGAGGAUUUUAAGAAGUCUCAUAAGAAAGGCAGUGAACUAUUUUGUAGCAGAUAUUUUAAUUUACGAAACAAUAUUUUUCGUUAUUUUUAUGACAGUUUAUUGUUUCCUCUUAAGCGCGUGAGGCAAUAUUGUAAAUAGCUGAUUCAAAUAUUAAAAUACGAGGGUUUUUAUUUUGGAGGCCA